GCACAUUUUAACCCUCUCUGCUGCUUAAAUUUUUGAAGAUUCCAUCUCAAAACACCUCUUCAUUGGUUUUGUGUAGGUGGAGCUAGAGGCCAGUAAUGGCCACAAGCCCCAACUCUUCUGUUCUCAAAGAUGUCGUUGCCUAUGUUGAUGUGUGGUCGUCAGGCAAAACAGCAAAUUAUUCAAAAACAUUCGUUCAGCAGCUGCAGGAAAUGGGAGCUCAGAUAUCAAAAACAUUCAAUAAACAAGUCACACAUGUGGUCUUCAACAAUGGUCAUCCUGCCACUUGGAGUAAAGCUAAGAAAACUGAUGUGAGACUCGUCUCUGUUCUCUGGGUUGGCAGAUGUUACGACGAUGGUGUGCAUGUGGAUGAGGAGUUGUAUCCAGCCUUAAAUGACGAGAGCAAUCCUGUGUUGAAGAACAAGAAACAUCGCUGCAUGCAGCCUAAAGAUUCUCCAGAGAGGACACCUGAAAAUGACAAACGCAUGAAGAAAAAAUUGGACAAGAUGAUGAAGGACCUUAUACCGAAACAACCUCUGGUGACCGAUGUGUCGCCCAUCAUCAUCGAUGAAGAGAAUGGAAUAGUCUACAGCCCUGCUUUGAAAAGAUCAAAUUAUAUGGCACAGCGCUUGAAAGACAUGAAAGAGAAGCGGGAAAACCUCUCACCCACAGCUUCACAAAUGGUUGAAUCCUGCUCACCCACCAGGCUGAAGCCUUCUCUAGGGAGCACACCAACUGUCCUCAAAUUAAUGUUUUUGCCUUCCAAUAUGUCACAGUCGGCAUCUAGCCUACAAUUAAAUCCGGAGCUUGUGAAGCACAAGCAGCUGCUUGUGGUUUUAUGUUCUAAAGUUGACAAUUCGGAUGAUGAUUCCAGUGCCUCUGCUGCGGAACCUGGCUGCUCACCUGAUAAAGAGGAAGGGAGAACAAACGUUGAUGUCGAUGAUCAUGGAUGUGUUGAAAAACGGCACAGGAAAGAUUCUGUAGCGCUCUGGCUUUCACCCUGCCGUGAAGGGCCAAAAAUGAUAUCAAGCCCUUUGAGAUGUCAUGACUUGGAGGACAAAGAGGAUGAAGAGGGAACAAGACAAAAAAAGACAAGAAGCCUCUCAGUUAGAAAAGAGAGAGAGAAAAAGAAAUCUGUAGGUUUAUUUGAAAUUCCGUGCCAGGAUACGAAGUCUGACAACAGCAAGAACGUUUGUAAAGGGAAAAGGCGAUCGCAGAUCAAAUCAACUAGCCCAAAACCUGAGAAAGGAAAGCAAAAAAGGAAAGCUGAUAAAACGUUUACAGAGACUAAGUCCAGUAUUUGUCCCAAUAAUGUGAAUUUUUCUAGUAGCCUCUUGUCACCAUCUACGUCAGGUGGUGCUGGAGCUGAACUGUCAAAAGUAGCUGCUUCUGUCUUACAGAAAACACCCAAACGAGCCAGACUGUCCCUUUCUGCCUUGGUCCGACCCGUCACUGUCUCCGCUAAACCUCAGAGUGUUGCAUCAGUUUCGACAGAUGGAGAUGAUAACGUUUUUGAGGACUAUUUUUCCCCAGCUAACCACCAGCAGAGAUCUAAAAAGCCUCUCAUGACGAAUCUGCCUGUGGGGAUGGACGUUCAGAUUCCCUUUGAGUUGAACUCUGUCCCAAAGAAGAGAAAACAAAGAAGAAGUGAAAGUAUCGAGUUUGAGACCAUCAGUAAAAAGAAGAGGAAGCUGGAAGAAAGUCAGAGUGGCAAAAAUCCCCAUCAGUGGCCUGAUGCAAGCAGACGCUCACAGCUAGAUGUUAAAGAAUCUCUGCCUGCACUGGACAGUUCAAGUGCCAGUUCAACAAUCGUGGCUAAAAGGCCUAGACGCAGCACCAUAUCACUCUCAAGCGCUAGUACAACUACUAGGGAUGCAGUAAAACAAAGACGAGCAUCUGUGCAAUCAGCAGUAUUAACAGAGGAUAAAGCAGUAUCACAGCUGGAGAAAGGUUCUGGUGUCAGUGUCCAAUCUCAAACCUUGGAAAGCAGAGGAAAUGAAUGUACAGUUGCAGCUGGUUCAACAGAGAUCCUCUCUGAAGGUGAUAUUGUUCACAAUCAGAAGAUCAGCGCGGAUCUUCAGAAAAUGGACAAAAAAACAAAGGGAAUGAGGACAUUGGUGAUGACAAGCUUGCCCUCUGAGAAGCAGACCAUGUUAAUUCAGGUUCUGAAAACACUGGGUGGCUUCAUAAUCGUUGACCGCGUGUGUGAGAGCACGACUCAUGUGGUGUCUGGGGGUCACCGGCGGACUCUCAAUAUUCUGUUGGGCAUAGCCCGUGGCUGCUGGAUCCUCUCCUUUGAAUGGAUUCUCUGGUGUUUAGAGCAAAGACAUUGGAUUCCAGAGGAGCCUUAUGAACUAUCGGACCAGUUUCCAGCAGCACAGAUCUGUCGUCUCCAAAGGCACCUGUCUGCCGGGGAGCACCAGCAGGACCUGUUCCAAGAUCAGCCGACCAUGUUUGUGUCCCAGUACUCCCAGCCGCCCACUCAGUGUCUGAUGGAGCUGAUCCAGCUCUGUGGAGGAACAGUGUGUAAAACUAUGCGGCAGGCGGGUAUCUGCAUAGGGAGGUACAGCGGCAGGCGACCAAAGGGAAGCAGAAUCCUGUCGGAGCAGUGGGUGCUGGACAGUAUCACACAUCUGAAGCAGCUGUCAUAUGAUAACUACGAUUUGGAGUGAAAGCUGUAUAAUAUGUUUUAUUGCUGUGAUGUUUAGUUUAAUGAAUUUAACUCUGGACAGUGCCUCACAUCACACACACCCUGUAUUCAACCUUCCAGUUUCUCUUCUGCAGCUUUAUCGUAUUGUUUAGUGUUUGAGGCUUUUCCCCAAAUUCUCUCACCUAUUCUAUUUUACAGACUUUUAGUCUAUGUUGCCAUGGUUACCUAUUUUUUGUAAGGACUAUCAACCAUUUAACACGUUACUGUGAAUCUGCAUUAACAUUCUGUAGGUCGAUCUUCUAUUGUAUGAAUUUGUUUUUUUCAUGAUAUAGUAACCACGACUGCUUAAAUGUUUGUUUUGCAACAACUGAAACAUAAGAUUAAGAGUAUGAUUUCAAAAAUACUUUUCGAGCCAGUUCAAUACUCUAGUUGAG